ACAUAAUGGCAAACAUUGUUUUGUUGUAUUGUAUUCCGCAUUUGCGUGUUCGCGCGUUAGAAUUUCUUGGUUUAAUCAAAUGAAUAAAAUAGUUAUCAACUUCUGUAAUACGUUAUUCAGUACUUUAAAAGUAUUAUAGGUCAGCCGUAGAUUACCACAGACAGUUGAAAAUGUCCCGUGUGACUAAAAUCAAACAUAUUUUGAAAGAGCAAGAAGCGGACGAGUUCGAUGCUCCCAAGGAGAACCAAUCGAUCGUCCGAGUGGUAGCCAGCCGUGGCAACAACCUUCAUGAAGUGGAAACUGGAAUCGAGGAAGAUGAACGGUUUCUGGUCUUAAUGCCAGUGAAGUUUCGCAAGAACGUGUGGAUCAAACGAGGCGACUUCGUAUUGGUCGAACCUAUAGAGGAAGGCAACAAAGUGAAAGCUGAAAUCUGCCGCAUCCUGACUGCGGAGCAUAUCAAACUAUUCGAGAAGGAAGGUAUCUGGCCUAAGCGUUUUACCAAAAAGCGCGAACACGAAGAUGAUCUUGACGAGGAUGGGCUGGUUCGGAACACUAACCGAAGAGUUGUUGAUGCUGACAGUGACAGCGAUGAAUCUACCGGUAACGAAAGCGACGAGGACAACUAAGACGUUAUUGUGCCUUUUCGGUUGAUCAGUCUGAUGGUACGAUCGGCACGGAAUUUAACACAGUAAAACAGAUGGAUCUAAAUCAGUUGGCUUUAAUAUAAGAAAUAUAUUUCUUGCACAGAGAUCAAGAAAUUGUAGUUA